AUGAGUGGUCAUGUUGGAGGACUACAAGUUAAAGUAAAGGAGCUCUACCCAAAAGCAUUAUUUGUCCAUUAUUUUAGCCAUUCAUUAAAUCUUGUACUUUCACAAUCAGCAUCAAAUAAAAAAGACUAUAGGAUUUUUUUUCAAAUACUAACUGGUAUGGGAUCAUUUUUUACUAAAUCUUCUAAACGUACACAUGCAUUAUCUAAUUUUACAAGAAAAAAAAUGCCAAAAAAUGCGCCGACUAGAUGGAAUUUUUCUUCUCGCUUAGUAAAUACAGUUCACGAAUACAAUUCAUAUUUCAUAGAGUUUUUUCAACACGUAUUAGAUAAUUCUAAUGAUUGGGAUAAUGAAGCGAUAGUAUUAUCUCAAGGGUUCAUCAAUUUUUUAGAUAGUCGACAAACAUACUUUUUGCUAAUAGUAUUUAGUAAAAUAUUUAGUUUGACUGAUAUUUUAUAUGAAGUAUUACAAACUAAACGUUUAGAUAUUUUAUACUGUGUGAAAAAAAUUGAAGAAACUAAAUGCCAACUGCAAAAUUAUAAGUUAAAUCUAUUUGAAAAAUUAUGGGAAACAGUUCUAUCAGAUAAAGGCGAUUUUGAACUACAGUGUAAAAUUCGUAACCCGGAAACAUUUUACAAAGUACUUUUUAAUGAAAUAUUUGAUAACAUAUUGACAAAUUUGCAAGCGCGAUUUGGUUCUUUAAAUAAAUUUGAAUUUUUAUCAUUAAUUGACCCAAAAUUUUUAAAUACUAAUCCAUAUGAUUUAGUCAAAAAAAUUAAGAUGAAUGAUUUAAUAUCGGCGUUCCAAGAAGUAUUUAAACUCAGUCAACUAAUUUUAACUAUUCCCAGUACAACAGCUUCAGUUGAACGUUCUUCUUUGGCAUUAAAACGUAUCAAAUCGUAUCAAAGAUCUACACAAGGGCAAGCAAGACUAAGUAGCCAAAAAGAAGCCAAACUAAAGGCGUUAAUUAUGGUUAACGAACUUGAGGACAAAUAUAGUGAAAUUUCAGUAACACCUUCAAGAAAUGUUUUGCCUAUUCAAACAAUAACUAUGAAUAUUCUAGUACUAGUACACCAUCAUCAAUUGCAUACAGUAUGUCAGAUAAUCAAAGUACGACCUCACCAGAUUUAUUUUAACUACUAA